AUGUCUGAUUACGAAAUCACAAAUUUUGAACUUCGCGUAUUGCUGCGUCAUUAUUGGAGAAACAAUUUGGAUGCAAAAGCAGCUGCCAAAGCAAUUUGCGACGUUGAAGGUGAAGGUACGGUAGCACCGCGAACUGCACAGAAAUGGUUCAAGCGUUUCAAUAAAGGCGAUUUUGAUCCUGAAGACAGGCCACGUUCCGGACGACCAGCGAUUUUGGACGAAGGAGACUUGCAAGCCGUUUUGGAUGUUGAGCCGUCAUCAAGCACUCGUGAAUUGGCUGAAGAACUGAGUGUCUAUCAGAAGACCAUUUGGAAUAAUUUCAAGCCACUUGAUUUUGUCCACAAAAAGCCAUGA